CUUCCCUCCUAUCCUCAUCACUACUCAAGAAGUAAACCACCCGUUAAGGUUGAGCUAUGACUCUGUAGCCUGUGGAUCUCUAUACGUCGUCUCUGGUUCAUAGACUUUACCGACCCGUGUGAGAUCUUUUUAUUCAAGUGUGCACGCUUAGAAUCGGGAGACGCUGGAUCUUGGGAAAGCGGUUAUCUGGCUUCAUUGCGAAGAGGGGUGGCUGAAAAAAGGACCAAGCUAAAUCGGGCGUGGUGGCAGAAAAUAGUUGUAUUUUUGUUUGGAGAACUUUAAGUACAAUCCAAGAUGUCUCUGUCGGUACCGCAGAACGGAAUCAAGUCUGACAACGAACCCGUCAUCGAGCUCUUUGUCAAGGCGGGCAGUGAUGGGGAAAGCAUCGGGAACUGCCCCUUCUCCCAGAGGCUCUUCAUGAUCCUGUGGCUGAAGGGAGUGGUCUUCAACGUCACCACAGUGGACCUAAAGAGGAAGCCGGCAGACCUCCAGAAUCUGGCCCCAGGCACGCACCCGCCCUUCAUCACCUUCAACGGCGAGGUUAAGACGGACGUCAACAAGAUUGAGGAGUUCCUGGAAGACGUCCUCAGCCCACCCAAGUUCACUAAGCUCAGCCCGAGGCACCCUGAGUCGAACACAGCUGGGAUGGACAUCUUCGCCAAGUUUUCAGCCUUCAUUAAGAACUCCAAACCAGACGGCAACGAGGUUCUGGAGCGUGGUCUUCUGAAGACCCUGCAGAAGCUGGAUGAGUACCUGCGCUCACCGCUACCCGACGAGAUCGACCAUAACAGCAUCGAGGACGUCAAGGACUCCAGCCGCAUGUUCCUGGACGGAGACGAGAUGACCCUAGCGGACUGCAACCUGCUCCCCAAGUUGCACAUAGUCAAGGUGGUGGCCAAGAAGUACCGGGGCUUCGACAUCCCCAAGCAGAUGACGUCCAUCUGGAAGUACCUGAACAACGCCUACGCCCGCGAGGAGUUCACCAACACCUGCCCCAGCGACAACGAGAUCGAGAUCGCCUACGGAGACGUAGCCAAGAGGCUGGUCAAAUAAACCCCCAACCCCACUCCUACAGC